GUCCCCGUCGCUGGACAGCUUCUUCGACGAGCGCCGGGUGCGGUCCAGCCCGGUCAGCCGCCCCAUCAGCGGCACCACCAGCGGCGCGCAGAGCCGCGGCCGGUCCCCGAUGAGCCGCCAGGCCAGCGGCGGGCUGCAGCCCGUGGCGCUGUGCCCGCGGGAGCUGGAGUCGUUCCUGUCGAUCGCCGCCACGCCCACCAGCAGCAGGAUGCCCUCGCCGCGCGGCGAGCCCGCGCCGGAGCAGCAGGCCGAGCAGGCCCAGCGGCAGGCGAGGGCGUGGCCUGCCUCGGCGGUGGCGCCCGACCCCCCCAUGGUGCUCCGGCUGUCGGACGCCAUCGACAAGCUGGGGCUCGCCGCGGCGAGCAGCGGCAGCGCGACGUGUUCCACGAG